GGGACGCUUGGCGGCUCCCAUCGCGGCCUCAUGUCCCUCAUUGGACCUUAUUCAGCCACCGCCGACGAAAUCUGACGGUGCAUUCAGCCUGUGGGCAUUGCUGGGUGCCCUGGCCCUGUGUGGGCCAUCCGUAGCGUCUGUGCGAAGGCUGCUGAAGGGUCCUGCACGCCUGCAACAGCCUCCUGCAGCGCCACCGUGACCGAGUGGUGCCGUUUUGCAACAGUGCAGUGCCAGCAGCCAGCAGAGCAUCCCUCAAGGCUUGGCCGCCUAGGCAGACCGCCCCGCCCCCGCCCCUCUUCAAUCCACCUGUCGCAUCUUUUCCCCCCCUGGUGAUAAUUGUCGCUCUCGAGCCUCGCCUGACAUCCUCAUCGCCAUUUGCAACGAUCUUUGCCCGUCUUUAGCACCUGCCUGCCGUCAUGAUGGCCUUGCUGAGUUGGCUGGUUGCGCUGGUACAGCGGCUGUUCGAGGACCGGACGCACUCCUUCUCGGCGGCGCUUAAGCUCACACUACGACUCUCCCCACUAGGUGCGCAUCGCAUUCAUGCAGAGGGAGGGAGGGAGGGAGGGGGGCGGGAAGGCGCUCUUAUGCAGAGGCGUUUGGUUUGUGUGGUGGGAUGUUGUUUGUGUCAUGCAGAGGCGCUCAGCAUCUUCGUACUCACGACCGUCAUAAUGGACCCGUCAUGGGUGCGCCAGGCGCUCACCCCCGCGUGGCACCGCUGGAUGGCCAUCGUCAACACACGGCUCUACCAACAGCACGUUGGCAAACCCGCCACCCGGACGAUCGCGGGCAAGGGAGUCGCCCUCGUCCUGGCGACCCUGGGGCUGUGCAUCCUGGCGAUCGUCUCUGUGGCGGAGUACAUGUUCGACCACUUCCAGCGGCUGCUGGUCGACCUGUACGAUGUCUUCUUCGCCCCCAAUGACCACCACCACCACCACCAUGCCACCCCACCCCAACCCGAUCCUCGGCAUCUGAUCCCUCCGUCUCCUGAUGGCCGUGUGUGUGGCUCGACCGAGCAUGUCUUUGACCUUGACCCAACCUCCCCCCUCAACGACCCCGCAGCGCCCGUCUACCGCCGACCCCUGUGGACCCAAGCUGUGUCCUUCUCCCCGCCCCCGAAAGGCACAUCACACGACGAGUCGGCUACACGCACACAGGGCGGCGCCGACAAGACAGCUGUGGAGACCCAGAUGGUGGUCGAGCACUAUGAGGAAGACCAGGAGGCCCGGCAGGCGCGGGAGGCUGCCACUGCGGCUCUGCAGGAGGCGACUGAGCGUCUGCUGUCGACCACGCCGGGAAAGCAGCCGCCCACCUGCUACGGCAUUUCGCGCACCAUUGACCAGGCCAAUGUGGUGAUCGCCCGUCGCAAGGACGGCCUGAUGCGGCCCAAUAUGGCUGUCGACGAGAGGAGGGCAGGGGCGAUGGGGAUGAGCCAGGCGACGACAUGCUGCCGGCCCAGCUGCAACUUCACCGCAUCCUUCGAGUCCACCGACCUGCCCAGCCGAUCGCACUCUCCGCCGCCCCACCGCGGUCGCACCAUGGACACCAGCACCGAGCAGUCCACUAAGACGACCGGCCGCAUCGGCAGCGUCAUGACCAUCAUGGAAGGCACGCUGGUCGGCGUGCACUCGAGGAAGGGCGGCGUGGACGAGGCCUUCAGCCACGUGUACAACAGCAUCAUGGCCUCAGCAGAGGAGCACGACCCUCCCCGAAGGCAGCAGCACAGGCCCACAGCCACCAGCUACACCAUCGGACCCCAGAUGGCCGGCUGCGACGGUCUGCUGCCCACUCGUAUUCGCCACCCCUUCCCCCAGCAGCAGGUCCACCUGCCCUAUGUGCCCGGGCAGCAGCAGAUGCAGGAGGGGUAUGGGAUGCGGGAGGGGUAUCACGCCGGCGUGUGUGAGGGGGGAGUAUACCCUGGGAGUGGGGGGUAUGGGUAUGGUGGCGGAGGGGGGAUGGAGCAGCCGGGGCCAUAUGCGGGGCCGCCAAUGGGACUGGAGCACACCAGCCUUCAUCGAGCCUUUUGCACCACAUCUGAGGGUACGCAGGGCAGGGGAGGGAGGGAGGGUGACCAUUCGUCCAUCAGCCAGCCAAUGGCACUCCUCCCCUUGUCUCCCUCUCUGUGUGUGUGUUGGUCAGAUGUGAAAACCAACAUCCACGACCUGUUGUUCGCCGUCAAGAAGGGCUCCAGCACCAGCAAGCCGCUGAACGCCAACGCUCCGCCUUUCCCCGACCCCUCACUCCCCACCUACCGACCCAGCAUUACCGCACUCAUGAACCAAGACAACGAUCUCGGCGUAGAGGCCUUGCUGCAGGAGGCCAGCAGCAGCCAGUGGUGUCAGAGCGGUGUGUGGUGGGGCUCCACGUGCAGCCGCAAGUGUAGUGACAAGGCAGAUGGCGGUGUCGCGCCCUGCAAACGGGACAUCAUGUUGGCCGAGGUCAGUCAGUCAGUCAGUUAGCGAGGGGGAGAGCACAGAGACACCGAUGGAUGGAAUGAGGCACGUUUGGGCACCUGGUCGGUCUCUGUGUGUGUCAUCACAUACAUCAGGCGUUCGGCCCUUCCCUGUUCUUCACUCCCAUGCCCGAGGAGGGCCGCCAGCACACCACUACCACCACGUCGGCCAUCACCAGCAGCACCCACACCCACACCCACACCCACACCACACCCACCAACAGCCACUCCGGCUCACGUGCCCCUCCCUGCCCACCACCCUUCGCCCCAUCUGUCGGCACCCUGGUGGCCCGCUGCGCGCUGCACCCGGCAUGGGUGGACGUGCUCAUGGCCCAGGGGGUGACAGUGCCAUCGCUUGCCGCCAUGACGGUGGAGCAGCUGACGACCAUCACGGGCAUGGACGCUCAGCCCGCGGAGACACUCAUUGCACUGGCUGGCGCAGUCGCUGUGGGGCUGCCGGCCUCUUCCUGACUGACUCAUGGACACACCAGAUGGGAUGCCGGGGGGUCGGUUCAUGGACGUAGAGAAGGAAGGCCUGUUUCUCGCUGGCAGCUUGGGUGGCCGGCUGGCUGGCUGGCAGAGUCGCGUGGAUGAUGCCUUUGCGUGUGAGUAACGAUGGAGCUGCUGAGUGAGGCCUUCUUCUUUUCUCUUGCCACACUGGUGUGCUGUAUUGCCCCAUACUGACUGACUUUCCCCACCCCCAUGCGCCGUUGUCGAUACACACACACAAGACAGCCUACCCAUUGCCCACACCACCUACACCCACAUUAACGUAGCGCCCGUCUAUCCCAACGAUCAGACGCAACGCAGUGCACCCCAAACAGACAGACAGACAGGCAGACAGACAGAUAGGCAGACAGGCAGACAGAGAGGCGGAGGGAAGCCAGCCCUUCGAGGAAUAUUCGUGGUUUCGUCAGUCAUCAAUCAGUCUACUAAGAGCCUGAGAGACCAGAGACCGUGACGGCUCUCUUGUGAUUGAUGCAUGUCUCGACGCAUCGUAGUUGUGGCCGCCUGUCGCUGUCUAUCUGCCCGCCUGUUCGAGUGCGUCGAUCCAUUCAUCCAUCCACUCACUCAUGGGUAAAAAUGCGAUGCCUAAGUGUGACUGAGUUGCGUUUGCCUGCCCGCCUGGGUAUAAGGAGGGACCGAGGGAGGGAGGGAUGGAAGGACAGAACGAGCGUGUGCCGUGCACAAGUGGACCAAUGCCUGAUAUAUAUAUAUGCUGAAAACGAG